AUGCCUCAGCUACAGCUCAUAGCGUCUCCGCAGUCGCACGCCGAGCCUGCUUGGGCCGUCGCGUUCAACCCAAAGCGUAAUCUCCUGGCGUCCUGCUCGACCGACAAGACGGUUCGAUUGUACUCUUACUCCCUCCCCUCAUCUUCCAAGCCGGUCCAUCAGCACGCCUUCCCAUCGGCCAGCUCGGACAAGCCGGUCAUACAUCACGUCAAAACGAUUGAGACGGAACAUAAGCGCACGAUCCGGUCGCUUGCCUGGGCCCCUUCUGGCAAGACGCUAGCUACGGGCAGCUUCGACAGUACUGUCGCGAUAUGGGAAGAGUUAGAUGGGGAUGGGGACGAAGGAGAGGAGGAAGGUCAGGAAGGGGUGUAUAAGCCCAAGGCGCCUACGAAGGUGUCGGGAGAUGUGGAUAUGGACGACGACGAUGGGGAUGAAGGGCAAGGCGAGCGGGACGUCAAGGAGUGGGAGUGCGUGACGACCCUGGAAGGCCACGAGUCGGAGUGCAAGACGGUAGGAUGGAGUGCGGACGGAGCGCUGUUGGCGAGUUGUUCGAGAGAUAAGAGUGUUUGGGUAUGGGAAGUCCAACCCGACUCCGACUUUGAAUGUAUCGCUGUCCUGAUGGAGCAUUCGCAAGAUGUCAAGAACCUCUCAUGGCAUCCACACGAAGAGAUCCUCGCUUCUGCAUCAUACGACUCCCACAUCCACAUGCAAUGGGACGAUCCCGACGGUGACUGGUGCAUCUUCCAGAAGCUACACCCCAAACUUCCCCUCUCGCAGAUCAACAUCCCACGAUCGGACGCCGCAGCAUCUCCCAGCCAAGGUCAGAUCUCGGCGUACAACUCGCUCGUGACUGCGCUCUUACCGACUCCAGAAGAGCGCGAGGCGGAGACAUAUCUCAACGUACCGCCGUUGCUAGAGGAUGAGACAGUAUGGAGUCUCGCGUGGAGCCCUUGUGGGCGGUUCUUGGCCAGUGGAGGGGAUCUAGGUGGGAUUAGAAUAUGGGCUAGAACCGGAAACAACCCUGACUCCCCAUUCGUCGAAAUCGCACACACCGCCGCCCACUCCCGGUCCUGCUUCACCCUCGCCUGGGCUCAGGGCGGUACUCUCCUCGCCGCCGGAGGUCUGGGUAUCCUAGCCAGCGCCGGCGCGGACGGCAAGAUCAUCGUCUGGCAAAUCACUACUCCCGUCAGCGCGGACGGUGCAGAGGCCGACGCGCCGAGCAAAAAGCCGAAAGUCAGCAUUGCGCCUAUCGCCGCUAUCCGGGAGGCGCAUGGUGUGGCGGAUGUGAACUGUGUGAGCUGGCUGCAAAGGGAAGAUGGGGGCGGACAAGGGGUGCUGGCGAGUUGUGCAGAUGAUGGGAGCGUGAAGGUGUGGAGGGUGGUUGCGGAUGCGGAAUAA